GCUACAGUCUGACUCCUACAAGAGCACCUUGGCCAGGAGUGAGGCUGGGAAGUCCCUUUCAAUGGCCUAGACCCCAGAGGGGAUGUACCCUGCACAGGGCUGCAUAAAACCAGGAAGGCAAGGAGCUGAGCAGAUGCAGGAGCUGGGUGAGGCAGGGGACCCCAACUCUAUUCUAAGAACAGAGCUGGUACUCAGGGGUAUGGGAGAAGGAGACACCUCACAUAAGGCCCUAGUUUGUGUCGCCUCUGGAAGUCCUGGCCCCUUUUCCACUGGACCCUAAGCAAACUGGACCACAGCCCAGCUGCAGGUGCCUGGGGCUAUGGGCCACAGGUGAGUCCCAGCUGGGAGACCUCAGGCCCAGCUGAUCCUCAUGGCCAAGGGCGGGCCUGGCUUAUCUUUCCAGCUGCCCCAUUCCCUACCACUUUAUCAUAUCAGGGAGGGUGAGAAGGUGCCAGAGCUUGGAACCCCCACCCCCCCUUCCUGUGAGACCUGGUCCAGGUGCAAGAGGAGCACAGCCCUCGGGCACAGCCAGGAGAACGCUGCCCUGGGUUUAAAAGGCCCAGAUCUCAGUGUCAACCUCAGUCUGACCUUUACGGCUGCAGCAUGAGGGGGCUGCUGGUUUUGAGUGUGCUGCUGGGAACUGUCUUUGGCAAUGAGGACUUUGUGGGGCACCAGGUGCUCCGAAUCUUUGCAGCUGACGAAGCCCAGGUGCAGAAGGUGAAGGAGCUGGAGGACCUGCAGCACCUGCAGCUGGACUUCUGGAAAGGCCCUACCUGGCCUGGCACGCCCAUCGACAUCCGAGUGCCCUUUCACAGUCUCCAGGCUGUCAAAAUCUUCCUGGAGGCCCAGGACAUCAGGUACGAGAUCAUGAUCGAGGACCUGCAGUCACUGCUGGAUGAGGAACAGGAGCAGAUGUUCGCCUUCCGGGCCCAGGUCCAAUCUACCGACACCUUUAACUAUGCCACCUACCACACCCUGGAGGAGAUCUAUAACUUCUUGGACCUGCUGGUGGCUGAGCACCCACAGCUUGUCAGCAAGAUCCAGAUUGGCAAAACCUAUGAAGAUCGACCCAUUUAUGUGCUGAAGUUCAGCACUGGAGGGAACAACCGUCCUGCCAUCUGGAUUGACACAGGCAUCCAUUCCCGGGAGUGGGUCACUCAGGCCAGCGGAGUCUGGUUUGCAAAGAAGAUCACUCAAGACUAUGGCCAGGACCCCGCUUUAACUAACAUUCUUAAUAACAUGGACAUCUUCCUGGAGAUUGUUACCAACCCUGACGGUUUUGCUUUCACCCACAGCAAGAAUCGCAUGUGGCGCAAAACUCGAUCCCUCACAUCAAACUCCCUCUGUGUUGGUGUGGACCCCAACAGGAACUGGGACGCUGGCUUUGGGAAUGCUGGCUCCAGCAGCAAUCCCUGCUCCGACCAGUACCGAGGCAAGUUCCCCAACUCAGAAGUGGAGGUCCAGUCCAUUGUGAACUUCGUGAACAACCACGGGAACAUCAAGGCCUUCAUCUCCAUCCACAGCUACUCCCAGCUCCUCCUUUACCCCUAUGGCUACACAUCAGAACCAGCCCCUGACAAGGAAGAGCUGGAUAAACUGGCCAAGUCUGCUGUGACAGCUCUGUCCUCUCUGUACGGGACCAAAUUCAAGUAUGGCAGCAUCAUCACAACAAUCUAUCAAGCCAGUGGAAGCACUGUUGACUGGACCUACAACCAGGGCAUCAAGUACUCCUUUACUUUCGAGCUCCGGGACAGUGGGCGCUAUGGCUUCUUGCUGCCAGCCUCUCAGAUUGUCCCUACGGCUCAGGAGACAUGGCUGGCACUUAUGACCAUCAUGGAAUACACCCUGAAUCACCCCUACUGAACUGGCCCUUUGGCACCCUUCUCCCUCCUCUCUGGCCCCAUCCAAAUAAAGUUUGAGAAUACAAAGUGCA